AUGAAGAAAGCCAAGCCAAGAGGAGAAGGAUGGGCCGAAUUGGUGGCAGAGGAAGGAGACGGACAGACUGGACCUGAACUUGGACUUGGACAUGGACAUGGACAUGGACUUGGACUUGGACAUGGACUUGGACUUGGACUUGGACAUGGACAUGGACUUGAAUCUCUGUGUGUUAAGUUUGUUGUAAUGAAAUGUUACUCAUUGAUAGGCUCAUUUACUCCUUCUUUCUUCAAAUCUGUAUUGAUUUUAUGUCAGAAAGGUGAUAUUUUUGCAUAUGAGCCAAGAGAGUACAAUGGUUCAAUUUUAUUCGAGGUAAGACUUCUACAGACAACAUUUAUUGAUUACUUUUGGAAAUGA